UCGAACGAACGAUCAUUUUGAUGUACUUUUUACCCAUUUACGUCUUACAAUUUCUAUAAAUGCGUUUACAAAUUUUGUUACAUGUAUAGCUGUUCUAUUUCAAUGUUUACGGGAUUGAAUAAGAGUGAACACAUGGCGUGCUAAAUCAAAUGUUAUUUUAUAAAUGUUUUUAAAGAAUCUAUAAAUUGAAGAGGUACUUUAUUUUGCACGUAAACUUUAUAUAAGAAGAAGGAUAAAUAGUCACAAUGCCGCAGAACGAGUAUAUUGAAAGGCAUCGUAAGCUAUAUGGACGAAGAUUGGAUUAUGAAGAAAGAAAAAGGAAAAGAGAGGCCCGUGAGCCUCAUAAGCGGGCAGAACGUGCUCGUUCAUUACGUGGUAUAAAAGCAAAAUUAUACAAUAAAGAAAGACGAAAUGAAAAGAUACAAAUGAAAAAGAAAAUAAAAUCUCACAUGGAAAAGAAGGUGAAAGAAAAGUCGAAAGACGUGUCGGAUGGAGCAUUACCAGUAUAUCUGUUAGAUCGCGACGUUAAAAAAGAUGCUAAAAUAUUAUCGAACAUGAUAAAACAAAAACGAAAAGAAAAAGCUGGUAAAUGGGACGUUCCAAUACCUAAAGUUAAAACACAAUCGGAAUCUGAAGUAUUUAAAAUAGUAAGAAGUGGAAAAACUAAACGUAAAUCGUGGAAGAGAAUGGUCACAAAGGUGACCUUUGUCGGUGAAAAUUUCACUAGAAAACCACCAAAAUUUGAAAGAUUUAUCAGACCAAUGGCAUUACGUUUCAAGAAAGCGCAUGUAUCUCAUCCAGAAUUGAAAGCAACGUUCUGCGUGCCGAUUUUAGGAGUAAAAAAGAAUCCCUCCUCAUCCAUGUAUACAACAUUAGGCGUUAUUACAAAAGGAACAGUCAUUGAAGUAAAUAUUUCGGAAUUAGGUUUAGUAACACAGUCUGGGAAAGUAGUUUGGGGAAAAUAUGCUCAAGUUACGAAUAAUCCUGAAAAUGAUGGUUGUAUUAAUGCUGUGUUACUUGUAUAA